AUGUCAGGCUCAGAUUCAUUUCAGCAAAUGUUCGGAAGCUUUACCCAAGGUGACGAAGUGGACGACAUCUGGUCCACACCUUUACUUAGCUUUGAUGAAUUGGUCUGUCCUCAAAUUUCCCUAGUCCUAGGCGAGGGCUUCGACUUUACCACCACAAGACCAAAGAGACUGGGCAACUUGCUAUUGAAGUCAAAGCUUCGCAGUCGCCAAAUCUGCAGAAAGGUCCCAUUGAGGAGCAAAAUAUUGACGGAUAAUGAUAAACUCCUUCAAUACAAAUUCUACGAGAAGCACAAACACACCAACGAGAGAGAUUACCACAAGAAAAAGUUAGUUAAGUUAUUCGACAGCAUUAUCAAUGGUUCCUAUCCAAAUCGGAGUAGGAUUUGUGUUUGGAACCGUGAUCAGUUGGAAAGAUUGGAUUCAAUGGACUAA